GUUAUCAAGAUCAUUAUCGACGGAGGUUUCUGUUGAAGAAAAAAACAGUUCGAAAGUUCACCAUCAGGUGGCGCUUUAGAGCAGUGAGAAGAAAGAUAAGAGGUCAAAAUACAGAAAAUAACAGAAUAUUUUAUUUAUUUACACGCCUGCUUGUUUUAUGCCGGUCAACAAUAUGCAUAUGCAUCAUUUAAACAUGGCUUUAGCAGUACAGCACCAUCUAUCAACAAUAUUUCAAAGUAUUUUUCGACGGAAAUCUCAGCCUGAUGAUCUCACUUUCAACCCAAAUGACCCUAUGUUCGGUUGAACCGUCAUUUCAAUUGUAACCACUCUGCAAUUAAGUUUCAGAUUGCAAAGACUCUUUUUUUUUCAGUAAAUAUUCAUUGGACUGUUGCUUAGAAAUUUUGCCGGAAAACUACGAACUUUAUAAAGCCACUGGAAGUGAAGUUUAUGUCGCUUUUCAAGUCCUAGAUAUUGGGGAAAUUGACGAGGGCUCUAUGAGUUAUCUUUUUCAUGUAUACGUAAACACAGCCUGGAAAGAUAACAGAAUAGAAUUUAAUAAGUUGAAUUUCACAAAACCCUCCAUUUUCUUACCUGCUUGUUGCCUAAAGAACAUUUGGAAUCCUGAUAUAUUUUAUGAAACAGUUAAACAUAUCGAAAAUUUCCAGAGCUCUGAGAUAGAUUUAACUUUAGAAGUAUUUUCAGGUGGCACACUUUUUAAAAGUAAAAGAUACUUAUUCAAAUCUGGCUGCAAUAUGGAUUUUACAUAUUAUCCAUUUGAUGUUCAAAAAUGCUUAUUUUUAGUAGGGAUGAUGCAUCCUGACUCUGAGGCUACUUUAAAAUGGAUUGAUGACGAUAAAAGUCCCUUUAAAGACGCAGUUCAAGUCCUUGAAAUGGUUCGACACCCAGAACCUCUUCAGUUUUACCUUUUGAAACCAACUUUACAUUCCAUCACUGAAAUCUUCGGAGACCGUUCUUAUACAAGUCUUAUCACUAAUAUCACUCUAGUUCGAAGGCUGUCGGGCAGCAUUAUUAACACGUACACCCCCUCAACUCUUAUUGUCAUAAUGAGUUGGAUUACUUUUUGGUUAGAAACCGACGCUGUCCCUGCAAGAGUAGCUUUGAGUGUUACAUCUUUAUUAACCCUUUGCACACAGGUUGAACAUUAUAGAUCUCAACUUCCACCUGUAAGCUACAUGAAGGCAAUGGAUAUUUGGUUAUUCGUAUGCAUCUUUGUGGUUUUUUCGACUCUGGUUGAAUUUGCAAUAUCAUAUAACAUAGCUUCUAAAUUGUGUGAAGAUUGCUCAAACAAUCAAAAUGAAGAGCUACAAAAUCAUCUGAAAGAGAAUAAGAAGCCAAAUAAACGUAUGGUUUUGUGCAGUUCUUGGUCAGACGAUUCCAAAAAUGUCAAAAAAGCAAUCCAUCCUCCUGAAAAAUCUGCAGCUUCAUAUAAAUUGGCAAUCUGUUUGAAAACUCAAGACAACGUUGCGAAAAGUUGCGAAAGGAAUAAACGUAAAAGCCAAUUUGUGGACAACAUGAGCAAAAAAAUUUAUCCCCUUUUUUUUACUUUAUUUGCUGUAAUAUAUUGGGCUUACUUUUUAAAUAAAACUAAA